AUGAUCUACGUGAAAUCAGAAGUGGCGGUGUGCGAAAUCCAAGCACCAGAAGAUGUCGCUAAUCAGUGCCUAUAUCUAGACAGAAAACAAAGCAAACUCGUUGCUCCCGUCCGUACCUGGAUACUUCAUCAACGCAAACCUGCUCCUAGCCGAAACCGUUAUGAGUAUUUAAGUGUAUCGUUGCAUCGUUGCAUUCAUCAACUAACGCUGCUAAAAAUCUCCCAAGGUCUUCUGCCUGUACGGUGGACAUCACCGCCCUUACUACUACAGCCAAUCACUCAGCAUAGUUGUGCACUAGAUUUCCGCUCUUGCAGUCCUCCUCCUUGCCCACCACCCGAACCUCCUCCACCUCCUGCACCAAGUUGUUGCUGUCCCCCUGCACCGUGUGCUCCAGCUGCUCCUCCGGUACAUGCUCCACCUCCACCAGUAUAUGCACCGGCUCCUCCGCCUCCACCAGUAUAUGCACUUCCUCCUGCUCCUCCACCAGCUGCUCCUUCGUAUCCUGUGGCUGGUGGUGGUCCAGUUUAUAUUGUCGUUCCAGCAAUUUCCGUUGGAGGUGGUGGCGGUGGAGUUGCUCCACCUGUAAGUGGCGGCUAUGUUCCUCCACCUGUAAGUGGCGGCGGCUAUGUUACAGCCGGAGGUGGUGGCGGUGGCUACAUUCCUCCAAGCGGCGGUGGUGCUUAUCCUACGGCAGGAAAGAAGUAG